CAAAAGUUCAAAACAGCCACACAUCAAAUAUCCUACCAAAAAUAUUUCAUUUUAUAUUUUUAUUUUUCUUCUUUCCUCCACAAUCCACAUUGCACAGCACCAGUAUGGCCUCACUGACUACUUGUACACCUGCGCCGCACUCAAUCGCCGCACUCCGCCGCCGUCCUUCAGCCGGAGUUCACUCCCAAUCCAGCGCCUUCACAACUCCGGCCACCCAUAAUGUACAAGCUCGUCAAAAUUUCAGGUUAAAAAGGGAAGAAAUUGUUGUGCUAGUGAAGAAGAACAGGUUUGGUCUCGUUUUCGCAUCGAAUACGAAUCCUUCACAGGAAUCGAACGACACAAAAGCGAGCAGUGAUGCUUCGGGACCUCCUUUCCUCACGAUUUUGGCUGGCGUGUUAGUUUUCUUGUUCGUAUGUUGGAUCAUGGGAUCCAUUGUAAUGUGGAUUUUUGGCUUGAUAGUUAAUCCACCUCCCUUGAAAUGAAACCAAAGGUCAAUUAUGUUUGUAGGCUUAGUUUGUUCGAACUCGAUUAUUGAAUACUGCUCAUCACUUUUUGUUCCGUUAUCGCAUAUUGUAGUGAUAGGUGAUUGCUUUAGAUCUUUCUUGGCAUCAAUUGCAUAUGAAAAUAUGUAAUUAUCUUGCAAUGGCUACAAUCGUUUAUUAAACGAAACAAGCCGGUCGUCAGCUCGGUUGGGCUCAUUUGAUAAAACGAGUCAAGUUCAAGCUUGAAUGAAUGUCAAUUUAUUUAUGAUGAAUGAAUGUUUAAUCAAGCCAUUUGUAUCAUCCAGAUAAAACGAGUCAAGUUCAAGCUUGAAUGAAUGUCAAUUUAUUUAUGAUGAAUGAAUGUUUAAUCAAGCCAUUUGUAUCAUCCAAUUUUAUAUUUUCGUAUUAUAAAUUGAUUGCUUAGAUUUAGUCUUGAUAUUAUUUAUAGUCCA